UAUCCCACGGCGCGCGAACGCCACGCAACGCGACGCGACGCGUCCUGCACAAGAAAAGAUAAGACCAGAGAUGAACAAGUUGCCCGUGUGCACGCGUCUCGCGCACGCGCCACGCUGAUUGACCGCCGCCGCAAACUCGAGCGAGCGACUCGACUUUCCCCACGAGAGAGAGGAGAGCUGAGCUGGCGCAAGAAGAACACGAAAAACAAGACCGGAGGAGGAGAAGAAGCAGAAAAGAAGACGGACAUGACGAGCACGAGCAGGCCGGACGCGCGUGCGUGUGCGGAACAAGACGCCAAAAGCCAAGAGGAUUUGGAGCUGGCAUCGGCGUACGUUUCGGACGCCCAGUACAACAGGAACGUCUUCUUUGACACGUCUCCGCCGGCCGUCCGGUUGUACCUGCUCUACAACCGCCGACUGGCUCAGGUGCUGCUCUACUUCUUCAUCCUGCUGGACUUGAGCUUGGCCCUGUGGGAGGAGCCUGCCGUGGUGCCCCUGCCACCUUGGGCCACCAUGCUGGCGGAGCUGCUGUGCCUGCACGUCUUCGCCCUGCGCCUGGUGCACUACGCCAAGGUCAUCCCACGAGACAAGUUCUGGAAGGACCCCAAAAACAUUUGCAUGAUUGCCAUCUUGGCGCUGAUGCUCGUGGACAUGAUCGUCUAUGGCGCUCUGCACGCCGCCGGCUGUUACGCCCUCCGCUGGUCGCGAGUGCUGCGACCGCUCCUGUUGGUCAACGUGACGGAGGGGCGGCAGCUGCGCAGGGCCAUCCGAAGCAUCCGCAACGCCUUGCCUCAGAUCUUGACCGUCUUCCUGCUCUUCAUCUUCAGCAUUCUCAUCUUCUCGCUGAUGGCACUCAAACUGUUCAGCAAGCGGGGCCUGAAGACGUCGGAGGGCGCAGCGUACUUCUCCAACUACGCAGACGCCGUGUUUGAUCUCUACGUGCUGGUGACCACGGCCAACAGCCCCGACGUCAUGAUGCCGGCGUACGACGCCAGCUCGGCCUUCGCCCUCUUCUUCAUCGUCUACAUCCUGGUCAACACCUUCAUCUUCAUGUCCGUCUUCCUCGCCGUGGUCUUCAACAACUACAAGAAGUACUUGAAGGAGGAGGUGCGGCUGCUGGUGCGGGCUAAGCGGCACAAGAUGGCGCGGGCCUUCGCCGUGCUGCAAGAACACCCCGAGGACGGUGGCGCGGGCGAGCCGCGGGUCAGCCGCGCCAGCUGGAGCCGCCUGGUCCGAUCGGUCCAGCCCGACAUGGGCCGCGCCCACACCGAACUGCUGUGGAGCGUCUCGGACGACCGAAACCGCGGCGCCGUCGACAAGAGGGCCUUCGUCCAGCUGGCCGACCUGCUCAACAUCCAAGUGAUGACCCUCAAGUCCAGGCCACACCCGCUGGGCCGCCUGUGCCCCGCCUUCUACCGCUCGGCCCCCAGCCGCCUCCUCUGCCGAUUGGUUCGCCACAGGGCCUUUGCGGUGGCGUACGACGUGAUCAUCAUGAUCAACGCGGUGUUCAUCGGCCUGGACGAGGACAAGCCCAGCGUGGGCUACUCGGAGUGGGCCUUCCUGGUGCUCUACCUGCUGGAAAUUCUCCUCAAACUCUACGUGACCGAGCCCCGUAGCUUCUUCGCCGCGCACUGCUUCUGGAACUGGUUCGACACCAUCAUCGUGGUGUGUGCGCUGGUUGCCACCGUCAUCGACAGCGCCCUCCAGUCAUCGGGUGGCUACACCAGCCGCCAGAUCCUGGACAUCGUUUUCAUCCUGCGAGUGCUGCGACUCAUUCGAGUGGUAGACAGCAUCAAGAGGUUCCGCACCAUCAUGAACACCCUGAUCCGCAUCGGACCGGCCAUCCUUACCUUCGGCCAGCUCAUCCUGGUGGUGUACUACGUGUUUGCUGUGGUGGGCAUGGAGCUGUUCAAGGGCAAGGUGAAGUUCGAGGAGGACGACGCCGCCGCCGGCCCGGCCGCGGCUGACUGCGGGAACCCGCUGCUGCGGGGCAGCGCCUUUGCCAGGCUGGGCUACUGCAAGAACAACUUCAACAAUGUGCUCAACGCCUUCGUGCUGCUCGUCCAGCUCACUGUGGUCAACCAGUGGCACGUCCUGAGCAGCGGCUUUUCGGCCGUCACCCACAAGUCGGCCCGGAUCUACUUUGUGCUCUUUCACAUCACCGUUGUCAUCAUCAUCAUCAACAUCUUUGUGGCGUUUGUGCUGGAGGCCUUCUUCCUGGAGUACACGCUGGACAAGAGCAACCUGCACAGCGAGCUGGAGAAGAAGAUUGAGGAGCUCCAGUUGGGCGUGGCGCAGGAGGUGCUGGAGGACAACCUGGUCAACGCCAUGGAGACAAGUGAGCAGGAGCAGCCGGCCGACCCAUCAGAGAGCGUGGAACCCAAACUCAUGUUCAAAAUUGCCUCCAAAAGGUAUCGGACGGUGGACGCGUUGCUGCAACGCCUGUUUGAGGCCGACUUGGAGCAGGAGGAUGGCGACGACGCUCACGAUGCCAACGGAAACUUUGCCAACCCGUCUUUCGGCUCCGCUUGAAACGUCUUUGGCAAUAAAGUUUGAUUUUUUUGCA